GAGAUUUGCUGGAGAGAGUCGAGUCCGCUACUUCCCGGGAGUCGAGGGAGGCGCCGCAGACUUCCCUGGAGGACCAGCUCCACCCGCUGUGCCACCGCGCCUGGGCACUGGGCGGGCAGGGAGGGGAGGGGAGCUCUUGGGGUCUGCCACCACCGCCUAUCUGCUGCCGGGAGGGAAGGCAGCAUGCUCAGGGUUUUCAUCCUCUAUGCAGAAAACACCCGAACCGGGGAUAGCGACGUCAGCGAUGCCUACUGCUCCGUGGUGUUCCAAGGGGUGAAGAAGCGAACCAAGGUCAUCAAGAACAAUGUGAAUCCUGUAUGGAAUGAGGGAUUUGAGUGGGAUUUGAAAGGCAUCCCCUUGGACCAUAGCUCUGAGCUGCACGUGGUGGUAAAAGACCAUGAGACAGUGGGAAGGAACAGGUUCCUGGGGGAAGCUCGAGUGCCCCUCCGUGAUGUCCUUAGCACCCCAAGUUUGGCUGCCAGCUUCAAUGCCCCACUUCUGGACACCAAGAAACAGCCGACAGGGGCCUCUCUGGUGUUGCAGGCAUCCUACACCCCUCCUCCUGGAGCUGCCCCCCUGUUCCCUCCCCCGGCGCCCUUGGACACCUCUCCUUCCCUGACCGAGAUGGACAUGGGGGCUGGUGUGGGACAGAGCCAUGAGGAGACAUGGUCCCUGCUGAGCGAAAGCACCAUGGACACCAGAUACUCAGGGAAGAAGUGGCCAGCCCCCAUGGACACAGGGGGAGAGGAGGAAAUGGAAGACCAGGGCCUCACUGGAGACGAGACUGAGCCAUCUCAGGACAAGAGUGCUCCCCCUGGGCCUGGGGGACCAGCAGCCCCAAAGAAGUUUCCCCUGCACCCUCCACCUCAUCACCUAGGGGUCAAGAGGAAGAGAGGCACCUCCAAAAAGCUGUUAUCGGACAAACCUCAGGACUUCCAGAUCAGGGUCCAGGUGAUUGAGGGUCGCCAGUUACCUGGGGUAAACAUUCGGCCGGUGGUCAAGGUCACGGUUUCUGGUCAGACCAAGAGAACGAGAAUCCGCAAAGGCAACAGUCCAGUCUUUGAUGAGACUCUUUUCUUCAAUGUCUUUGACUCUCCAUUGGAGCUGUUUGAUGAAGCCAUUUUCAUCACAGUAGUUGAUUCACGUUCACUCAGGACAGAUGCUCUUAUUGGGGAAUUUCGGAUGGACAUUGGAUCAGUUUACGCAGAACCCAGACACGCCUAUCUCAGGAAGUGGCUGCUGCUUUCUGACCCCGAUGACUUCUCAGCUGGGGCCAAAGGCUACUUGAAAGUCAGUCUUUUUGUGCUGGGUCCAGGAGAUGAAGCCCCCUUGGAGAGGAAGGAGCCCAUGGAAGACAAGGAAGACAUCGAGGGGAAUCUCCUCCGUCCCACUGGAGUGACCCUGCGUGGGGCUCAUUUCUGUCUGAAGAUCUUCCGGGCUGAAGAUCUGCCCCAGAUGGAUGAUGCUGUGAUGGACAAUGUGAAGCAGAUAUUCGGGUUUGAAAGCAACAAGAAGAAUCUGGUUGACCCCUUUGUGGAAGUCAGCUUUGCAGGAAGGAUGCUCUGCAGUAAGAUUUUGGAGAAGACGGCCCAUCCUCAGUGGAACCAAAGUAUCACACUGCCAGCCAUGUUUCCCUCAAUGUGUGACAAGAUGAGGAUUCGGAUCAUGGACUGGGAUCGUCUCACUCAUAAUGACAUCGUGGGCACCACUUACCUGUGCAUGUCGAAAAUAUCUGCUCCCGGAGGAGAAAUAGAAGAGGAGCCGCCCGGCGUGGCCAACCCUUACCGUGCCUCUGACCUUGAUGAUGGGCUGGGUUUCCUCCCCACCUUUGGACCCUGCUAUGUGAACCUUUACGGAAGUCCCAGGGAAUUCACUGGCUUUCCUGACCCCUAUGAGGAACUCAACCUAGCCAAGGGAGAAGGGGUGUCCUAUCGCGGCCGGCUGCUGGUGUCCUUGGAGACAAAGCUGGUGGAACACACGGAACAGCGGGUGGAUGACAUUCAUGCGGAUGACAUCCUCCGAGUGGAGAAGUACCUCAGAAGGCGGAAGUACUCCCUCUUCGCCACCUUCUACUCUGCCACCAUGCUGCAGGAUGUGGAUGGUGCCAUACAGUUUGAGGUCAGCAUCGGUAAUUAUGGGAACAAGUUUGACAUGACCUGCCUCCCGCUGGCCUCCACCACCCAGUACAGCCGAGCUGUCUUUGAUGGAUGUCACUACUACUAUUUGCCUUGGGGCAACGUGAAGCCUGUGGUUGUGCUGUCCUCGUAUUGGGAGGACAUCAGCCACCGGACGGACACGCAGAACCAGCUGCUGAGCAUUGCAGACCAACUGGAAGCCGGCCUCAAUCAGAUCCACGUAGCCCUCAAGGCUCAGUUCUCGGCAGAAGACCUCGAAGGCCUGGUGGUUCAGGUGAUGGACAACCUCAUCUCCGACUGCAGUCAGCCUCUGGUGGAUGUCAGGGAGAAGCCUUCAGCCACGCACCUGGACCACUACCUCUACCGACUUCGAACCAACAACCUGAACCAGAUCAUGCACGCCGCCCUGGAGAUGAAGCAUGCCAGCGCCCGGGAGGACCUGACAGUGGCCUUGGAACAGGCGGAAGACUGGCUCCUGCGCCUCCGGGCUCUGGCCGAUGAGCCUCAGAACAGCCUGCCUGAUGUAGUGAUUUGGAUGCUGCAAGGCGACAAACGCGUGGCUUACCACCGCGUGCCAGCCCACGAGAUCCUCUUCUCCAGGAGUGGGGCCAAGUGCUGUGGCAAGAACUGUGGGAAACUACAGACGGUAUUUUUGAAAUACCCGAUGGAGGGAGUGAAAGGCUCCAAGAUGCCAGCCCAGAUCCGGGUCCAGCUCUGGUUCGGUCUCUCGGUGGAUGAGAAGGAGCUUAACAAGUUUGCUGAGGGGAAACUCUCGGUCUUUGCUGAAACUUAUGAGAAUCAGACGAAGCUGGCCUUGAUGGGCACCUGGGGGACCGUGGGCCUCACCUACCCCAAGUUUUCCGAUGUCACCAGCAAGAUCAAACUGCCCAAGGACAGCUUUCGCCCAUCUGCCGGCUGGGACUGGGCUGGGGACUGGUUUGUGAGUCCUGAGAAAACGCUGCUCCAUGAUGUGGAUGCUGGUCACCUGAGCUUUGUGGAGGAGGUGUUUGAGAACCAAACUCGACUGCCUGGAGGCCAGUGGAUUUACAUGAGUGACAACUACACAGAUGUGAAUGGGGAGAAGGUGCUUCCUAAGGAUGAUAUCGUCUGCCCUGUGGGGUGGAAGUGGGAAGAUGAGGAAUGGUCCACAGAUCUCAACCGAGCUGUUGAUGAACUAGGCUGGGAAUAUGGGCUCACCAUCCCACCUGACCGGAAGCCAAAGCACUGGGUCCCGGCUGAGAAGAUGUAUCAUACCAGCCGCCGGCGCCGCUGGGUACGUCUGCGAAGGAGAGACAUCAGCCAGAUGGAGGCGCUGAUCAAGCACAGAAAGGCAGAGUCAGAGGGUGAGGGAUGGGAAUACGCUUCUCUCUUUGGCUGGAAGUUCCACCUAGAGUAUCGAAAGACAGAUGCCUUCCGCCGGCGCCGAUGGCGACGCCGGAUGGAGCCGCUGGAGAAGACCGGGGCUGCCGCUGUCUUUGCCCUCGAGGGAGCCCUGGGCGGUGUGGUGGAAGACAAGAGUGAAGAUCCUAAGUCAGUCUCUACCUUGAGCUUCGGCGUCAACAGACCCACGAUUUCCUGCAUCUUUGACUAUGGGAACCGCUACCAUCUCCGUUGUUACAUGUACCAAGCACGAGACCUGCCCGCCAUGGACAAGGACAGCUUUUCUGACCCGUAUGCCAUCGUCUCCUUCCUCCAUCAAAGCCAGAAGACGGUGGUGGUGAAGAAUACCCUGAAUCCCACCUGGGACCAGACACUCAUCUUCUACGAGAUUGAGAUCUUUGGGGACCCCAAGACUGUCGCAGAAAACCCCCCGAGUAUUGUGGUGGAAUUGUAUGACCAUGAUACCUACGGUGCCGAUGAGUACCUCGGGCGCUGCAUCUGCCGACCGAGUCUGCAUCAGGCUCCAAGGCUGACGUGGUUCCCGAUUCUGAGGGGAGGCCGGCCUGCGGGGGAGCUGCUGGCUGCCUUUGAACUCAUCCAGAGGGAGAAGCCGGCAAUCCAUCACAUCCCAGGUUUCGAGCCCAAUGAGCUAUCCGGUGUUGUGGAUGAGACUGGAGACACAGACCUGCCCUACCCUCCUCCCCAGAGAGAGGCGAACAUCUACAUGGUCCCCCAAGGCAUCAAGCCAGUUCUUCAGAGAACAGCCAUCGAGAUCCUGGCCUGGGGCCUCCGGAAUCUGAAGAGCUAUCAGCUGGCUAGCAUCACAUCCCCAAGCUUGGUGGUAGAGUGUGGGGAUCAGGUCGUGCAGUCCUGUGUCAUCAAGAACAUCCGGAAGAACCCCAACUUUGAUGUCAGCACCCUCUUCAUGGAUGUGCGGCUGCCACGGGAGGAGCUGUACUGCCCACCCAUCAUCAUCAAGGUCAUUGACAACCGCCAGUUUGGACGGCGGCCGGUGGUGGGUCAGUGCACAAUCCAUUCACUGGAGCAAUUUCUGUGUGACCCGUACUCAGCGGAGAACUCUUCUCCUGAGAUGGGCUCCGAUGACGUUAGCAUUCUGACCCCCCGGGAUGAAGUGCUGAUUGACAUAGAUGACAAAGAGCCUCUCAUCCCUGUCCAGGAGGAGGAGUUCAUCGACUGGUGGAGUAAAUUCUAUGCCUCAACGGGAGAGAACGAAAAAUGUCGAUCCUACCUGGAGAAGGGGUUUGACACUCUGCAGGUGUAUGACACUGAUUUGGAGAAUGUAGAGAGCUUUGAGGGUCUGUCUGACUUUUGUAACACCUUCAAACUGUACCGGGGGAAGACCCAGGAGGAGAUGGAAGACCCAUCUGUAAUUGGGGAGUUCAAGGGACUGUUCAAAAUCUAUCCCCUGCCAGAUGACCCGGCCGUCCCCUUGCCCCCAAGGCAGUUUCACCAGCUUCCUGCCCAGGGGCCCCAGGAGUGUUUGGUUCGUGUUUAUAUCAUCCGAGCUUUUGGCCUUCAACCCAAGGACCCCAAUGGGAAGUGUGACCCUUACAUCAAGAUUUCUGUGGGGAAAAAAACAGUGAAUGACCAGGAAAACUACAUCCCCUGCACUCUGGAGCCUGUGUUUGGAAAGAUGUAUGAACUGACCUGUACCCUGCCACUGGAGAAGGACCUCAAGAUCAUGCUAUAUGAUUAUGACCUCCUCUCUAAGGAUGAGAAGAUUGGGGAGACGGUCAUUGACCUGGAGAAUCGAUUCCUGUCCAAGUUUGGUGCACGAUGUGGUCUCCCCCAGACCUACUGCAUCUCGGGACCGAAUCAGUGGAGGGACCAGCUCCGCCCGACUCAGCUCCUGCAUCUCUUCUGCCAGCAGAACAAGGCCAAAGCCCCCGUGUACCACCAGGACCGGGUGGUGUUCCAGGACACGGAGGUCACCCUUGAAGACAUCGAGAAUGGCAAGAUUGCGAAUCCCCACCUGGGUCCUGUGGAGGAGCGGCUGGCACUGGCUGUCCUGAGGCAGCAGGGUCUGGUUCCUGAGCACGUGGAGAGCCGGUCCCUCUACAGCCCCCUGCAGCCAGACAUCGAACAGGGAAAGCUGCAAAUGUGGAUCGACCUAUUUCCAAAGGCCCUGGGAGCACCUGGCCCUUCAUUCAAAAUUACCCCCCGCAAAGCCAAGAGGUUUCUCCUGCGAUGUAUCAUUUGGAACACCAAGGACGUCAUCUUGGACGACCUCAGCAUCACCGGGGAGAAGAUGAGUGACAUUUACGUGAAAGGUUGGAUGCUUGGCUUUGAGGAGCACAAGCAAAAGACGGAUGUUCACUAUCGCUCGCUGGGAGGAGAGGGCAACUUUAAUUGGCGGUUCAUCUUCCCCUUUGACUACCUGCCUGCCGAGCAAGUGUGCAUGGUCGCAAAGAAGGAGCGCUUUUGGAGUCUGGACAAGAUGGAAAGCAAGAUCCCUGCGAAUGUCGUAUUCCAGAUCUGGGACAACGACAAGUUCUCCUUCGAUGAUUAUUUGGGUUCACUUCAGUUGGAUCUCAACCGGAUGCCCAAACCAGCCAAGUCAGCCGAAAAGUGUUCCCUGGACCAGCUGGAUGAUGUCUUCCAUCCAGAACAGUUUGUGUCUCUUUUUGAACAGAAGUCGGUCAAGGGCUGGUGGCCCUGCAUGGCUGAGAUGGGAGAGAAAAGGACCCUUGCGGGCAAGUUGGAAAUGACCUUGGAAAUCGUUCCUGAGUCGGAGCAUGAAGAACGACCUGCUGGACUGGGCCGUGAUGAACCCAACAUGAACCCCAAACUUGAGGAACCAAAGCGACCAGACACAUCCUUCCUCUGGUUCACAUCCCCCUAUAAGACAAUGAGAUACAUCGUCUGGCGAAGGUUCAGGUGUUUCAUCAUUGUCUUCAUCCUCCUCUUCGUCCUGCUCCUCUUCCUUGGGAUCUUCAUCUAUGCCUUCCCGAAUUAUGCUGCCAUGAAACUGGUGAAACCGUUCAGCUAAUGGGGGGCCUGCCUGCCUGCCUCUGGAGAUGCCCCCAGGAGGUGUAGUGUCCUGGGUCCCCAAAGUCUCUCUUAACCACUGUCCAGCCCCUCUGAUGCCAAAACUCAGCCCUGGCUCACCCAGAAGCAGGAGCUGCCUCAGGCUUGACGAGCAAGCAGAUGUGAAGCGGUGGGCGGGUGGCCCAUCACCUCUGGACUCCUGCACUGGAGGGGUUUGUCCCUCCUGAUGUCUCUAGCACUCCCCCUCUGGGGCUAUUGGAUUUUUAGAAGAAAAUGGAGUUUAAAUGGUCAAGGUGGCUUAUCUAGGGUGUGUGUGUGUGUGUGUGUGUGUGUGUGUGUGUGUGUGUGUGUGUGUAGGUGCUCCUGUGUAUGUAUGUAUGCCUACCAUGAUGUUUUCUGGGGUGUGAGCCAAGCCUGCCAGCAUGGGGAUGGUGGUAGAGUGGAGUCCCCCAUUCUUUUAAAACAGUAAGAGAGUGCAGGAGGGAGGGUCUGGGGAUGAGGAGGAAGAUGUGACAUUCCUGAGAAGCUCUAAAGACCCAGACUUUGGGCCCCCCCUUUUCUCCUUCCUGCUUUGCCUCCUGCCCCCUGGCCAUCCUCUCUUCCCCCUCCUUGCCUUUUUGUUGCUUUUACAAUGCCAGGAUCUCAAAGUUGAAAGGGACCCCAGUGGCCAUGCAGCUCAAACCAAAUGUGAGAAAGAAGUCCUGUCUGCCAUAUCCUCACCAGGGUUCAUCUUUAUCUUCACCUCCUCUCUUCAGCUUUUCCUCCCUUGUCAUCAAUUUCUUCUUUCCUGUUAGUUGAGUUGAAUGGAAUGCCUGCUUUCUUUCUUUCUUUCUUUCUUUCUUUCUUUCUUUCUUUCUUUCUUUCUUUCUUUCUUUCUUUCUUUCUUUCUCUC